CGAGCACAGUCCGGACAGGAGCUGCAUGGGAUCACAUUUCUUCAGGAGUCUCUUCUCUUCUCCCUUUUAUUUUCCCUCCAUUCCAUUCUACCGGCCUCUCUGUGCGAACUCCGCGCUCGGAUCUGCGCGAUGGGGAUAAUUGUAACCAUGGUUCGCUUCAAAUGCGCGUGUUCCCGGAGCAGCAGCAGCUGAGGUUUUCUCCCAAAGUGCGAGUGGAUCGUCACAGCGUGAUGGAUCAUACACAUGAGAGCGCAGUGCUGAGAAAACUUUUUGUUGUUGGGAUUUUGGUCAAUGUCUGGAUGAUGAGAGGGCUGUCAGCAGCCGACAGCUUCACCACGGAGUCCACCCCACCCUGGCCGAAGAAGGCCUGCAACGAGUCCCGUCUGCAGUGGGAGGUGGAGUUCUGCGGGGAGAACUUCAAGCGUGACAUGGCCCACAUAGAACCACAGUACUGGUGUAACCUCACGUACUUCAUCAGUGAGUACCACCUCUUCACCAUGUGCACAGAGAAACAGUCCCACAUCGUCCACUGCUACUGGCCCAAUCUGGUGGUGGAGAGCUACUUCAUCCAGAUACACAAGCACUUUUUCUCCAACUGCACCAUGAAUGGGGCGAUUUGGGUGGACCCGCCGGAGGACACGCUCACCGCCCUCAUCCUCAUCCCUGUGUUCCUCACCAUGGCCAUGAUCGCCCUGGUGGUGUGGUGCAGUAAGAGGAGCGAUAACCUGGCCUAGGGGGAAGAGGAGAAUGGAGAAGGACUGAGUUCCCGGUCCCAUCAUCUUUACUGAAACAGCACAGCAAACUGUGCACAAUAUAGGAGUGCAUGUUUGGUCAGUUUGUCAAAUGUUCCAUAAGUGGCUCUGCAAACCACCACAUCCCACAGAAACAAAGAGAGCAGCCCCUGUUUAUUUUAUAAAACUGGUUUGUGUAUUUUUAAAAAUAUCAAUAUCAGUUCAGACAAACAAUAUUGUCUCCUUUCAACUCUGUUUCUAUACAACUCAAUUGCUUCAACAUAUUUUGAAUACCUGGACUCAUGCCUGUGGUUUACACAACAGCACUUUGGUUAAGGUCAGUGAAAGAUGGUCGUAAAUAAACAGGUUGUAUCUGAAGUCAGUGUAAACUUGUUUCUCUGUUAAACCAGACCUGGAUCUGUCACUAACCUGAACCAACAGCUGUGAGUCUGCAGGUAGGGUAUGGAUACCUAACCCAAGCCUGUCGGGACUCAAUAGUAAAAUGAUAUUUGAUAUUGGGCCGGAUCAUGCUGUGUGGGCUAUCUUGAUCUAACCAGAUUUUUGUGUGCUUGUGAUCGGGGACAGGUUCUGACACAAAAAACUCAAUGCCUAUUGGGUUCAGGUUGCACUUAAUUAUUUUUUGGGUUUGGACAGAAAUGUAUCAAUCAAAACAAUUGUUGUUUUUAGUUGAGUUGUACACAAACUGACAUAAAAGAAAAUGGAUAUCACCAGUCUGCUAUAUAUAAGGAUAGUACCAACGGAAGUUUAGCUAAGCAUAAGCUAAAUUGGCUUUGUCCAAAAAUCUGCCAACUCGCUGUUUGCCAGCGUGUCAUUGACAGAAAAAGCCAAGUGAGCUCUUUAUCAGUGUUAUCAGUCUAUAGCUUUAGCUCGCUGUUUAGCUUGCCAUCUAGUCACCUAUUGGAUCCAGCUACCCUUUUAUCACACACACUUAAGUGGUAUCAAUCUUCUUUUAUUUCCAAAAAUAUCCCACCAAUUUUUUUACUUGGGUGUUCUGGUUUACUACAUUUCUUAAAUGCACUGCAUGCUGGGAACUCUCCUUUAAAAUGUGGUGAAUGUGUCCCACAGAGGAUGUUUGUGGUUUGAUGUUAUUGUCACUCUUUCGGGAACUUGACCAGCAGGACAAUUGACCAAAUCUUGGGGCAUUGGAUUUUUCAGCUCAUGGAUCUGGACCGUGGAGCUCUUGUCAGAUUCUUGUCGGAGCACUGUAUCAUUGUUGAAGGCCAAAGUAUCCACCGAGCAUCAGAGGCAGCAACUGAAAACUUUUGGACAGAAGACUCUUAGAGGAUGCUCGUUAAAUAUUUGAACAUGAUACCACAUGAUGGCGUGGGAGGAUGAAAAAGAGACCAAAUCUGGACUUAAUAUUGGUUCUGCGAGUUGGAUCUGUCUGUUGAGCCACUGAACAGACUGUUGCCAUUGGAAAAGAAAGAAAAAAACCACAGGUGAAUAAUCCAAAGACAAGGCAACACUAUAAUUUGUGUAUUUUUGGACUUGAUUUUCACGUGUGACUACCUGAGCCCCAGUAGACUGUUGUAUAGUUCAGUGUAACUUAUCACAUACUGUUGAAUAAAUCACUGUUAAUACUCACAAAGAGGGGUUCUCAGUGGAAACAAAGUAACUAUGAGAUGACAUUGAGACCUCAUUCUGUACAGUCAUACUCUGUCCGUGCUGUUUACUGUAUCUGCACUGCCUCUUCAAAGUUCCUCAGAAUGGAAUUGAACUUAUCGUGCACACUUUUGUGGUUAAUUCUCUGGUCCACAGUCCUCACCCGGCAAAGCCAAACCUAGCACAGAUUUUCCAUGUUCUUGCACAGCGUCAGACGUCGGUAUGUGUUAGCCAGCUCUCACAUCAUCUGCUGUCUGUAGAAGCAGGAACUCCUCACUGAAACUGAUUAAAUACCAAGUCUCUCUUAACAUUGUUUCUCUCCAUCUUUACAUGAAGAAAGCAAACACUCACAGACAGUUUUGUGAUGCAGUGUAUCUGAGCUGAACUCCUCAUGAAUGUUUUAGCAAAGCGACAGACAUGUGUUGUCUGCUGCCUCCUGUUUCUCUGAUCCAGAGUCUGUGUUUCGCAGGGUUUUCCUCAGGAAAGUGGGGAGCAGUAAGACUCUCACCAUAUGAUCACUCCCCAAUGUGAUAGAGAUUUUCCAUUACCAUUUUUCCCUUCCCAUAUCUGGACUUUGCGUAUUGGCAUUCUGUAUUAUAUUUCUAUUUGUUAAAAAGACACUUAAUAACAUAACGUGUGUCAUAAACAAUUAAAGUAAUGGAAGUGUAAAUUACAGGAAUCAAGCAGAGCACCAACUCUAACCCUGGAAUAAUGUAAAGCAUCUAAAGCAUGAACUACAUCUUCCCUUUACUUUUCCAAUUCUCUGAGUCUUCAGUAGCAUGUUUUAUUUUAAUGGACUUACAAACAGGAGCUUCAGUCCAGACCAGGGGUCAUGAGGUGCAUCAACAAUGAUUCAAAACCCUAAAGGCAAUUAAAACAAAUGCUCAUAUGUGCCAAGAUUCAUCACAAGGCCUUUAGGUGUUUCCACUCAACAGACAAACCCGCCCACCUGAGCGUUCCCUGCUAAGAAACCAGGCCUCCCUGUUGAACUCCAUUACAUUCUGUCAUCUGAGAAGUGUGGAGAUGUCUGUGUGUUUGACUUUGUGUGUGUGUUAGUGAGCAUUCAUCACUGUCUAAAGGAAACGCAACCAUUCCCGGCUCACAUCAUCACAUCCUGAUGGAUCAUUUUAUCAUCUGCUCACUCAGUUAUUUACUGUAGAUAAUAUUUCCGGUCACAAAU